AUGCCGGACAAUGAAGAAACGCAACCUCACAAUCCACCACGGGCAGAUGAGAAAACGCGACUCCACGAGACCCACUGUGAUCCUUGUGGAGAUGCGACUUUGAUCUCCAAUGACGGCGUGGAAUUCCGUGCAAGUAGUUUCCAACUUUCCAAGAUUAGUAAAUUCUUCUCGGACGCAGUCAGUCUUCCCCCUCCUCCCCAAUCCACCCAAUUGUCCCACCAACCCAUCCACCUCGAUUACUCCGAGAACAUCCUCUCCAUCUUCUUGGACCUUACGGCUCUACCUGAGACGUAUCACGGUACCAAACUCGUAAGAAUACAAGAUCCUCGAGUUUUAGGGAAGCUGCUCGACUUAAGUGAAUUAGCACUUUGCGAUGAUUUUUCAUCGAUUAUCUGCUCGUCUUUGAACGACAUCAGCAAGAGAUAUCCGUUGGCAACUCUCAUCAUCGCCUCGAAGAGAGAUGACUUCUCAUUAAUUGAACAUGUCAUGAGACAUAUAGCGUUGAAUCCGGACAGAGAGUACGUUGCAGAGGACUGGUCAAUGCUCAGUGAUAUGAUCUCCAUCCAACUCAAUCAUAUCUGA